CCACCACCACACCCACACAAAGGGAGGAGGAGGAGAGAAACGCAGGAGGAAACAGGGGAAAGUACGAUUGCGGGUCUCGCAAAAGGCGCGAUUUUGAUCCCGCUUUUCCCAAAACGACGAGAUGGGUGUUCCAAAGCUGCGAUUUUGAGGCCCGAGGAGAGGUGAGAGGUAUCCGAAUGGAGUGGGAGAAGGGUGGUCCGAGGCGCAGCAAGGCGGCGACGACGACGACGACGACGAUGAUGGUGGAGGAGGAGGAGGCGGAGGAGAGGAGAAGAAGAGGAGGAGGAGGAGGAGGAGGAGGUGGUGGUGUUGAAGCGGAGGGGAUUGUGGAAGGGGGUUUGUACGUGAAGGUGAUGACCGACGAGCAAAUGGAGGUUCUCCGCAAGCAGAUCUCCAUCUACGCCACCAUUUGCGAGCAGCUCGUGGAGAUGCACAAGGCGAUUACCGCUCAGCAAGACUCCCUCGCAGGAAUGAGGCUUGGGAGUCUCUACUGCGACCCUUUGAUGACACCCGGAGGCCACAAAAUCACUCCGAGGCAGCGGUGGACCCCUACGCCCAUGCAGCUCCAGAUUCUCGAAACCAUAUUCGAUCAAGGCAACGGGACGCCGAGCAAGCUGAAGAUAAAAGAGAUUACUCUCGAACUCUCGCAGCACGGCCAGAUCUCCGAAACGAAUGUCUACAACUGGUUCCAGAAUAGAAGGGCUCGUUCGAAACGGAAGCAAAAUGCCGCGUCAGCAAAUAACGCCGAAUCUGAAUUCGAGGUGGACGAUGAAUCCCCUAGCGAAAAGAAACCGAAAUCGGAGAAGCCCCAUGAUGUCUCGCCAGCAAUGGCGGGCGAAAUAUCGAUUCAUUCUAGUGAAAUGAACUCUCAAAUGCACGCCAUCGAUCCAGUGCCGCCCUGUCGAAACCAAGGCUUCUAUGCUUCUAACGAUAGCUCGAGGUCCUCGGGGAGUUCGGGUCAGAUGCCUUUCUAUGAGAACAUACUCGCGAGCCCUAAUGCGGUUGUUCAACUUAAUUAUCCGUUCCUUUAGAAAAGCGAAAGAUUGAUCUCUCCUGAGGUCACGAAUGCAAGAAAAGGUUAUGCUAUUGUAAAUGUUGUCGGAAAUGCCGUGGGAGAUUUUUGCUACUUUUGAUCUAGUUGAGUUUGAGCUGAUCAUUACUAGGUACUUAUCUAGUUGUGGCUCUUUAAUGAACUACUAAUUGUAUUUAUAGUAAAUAGUAAUACUUUGUUUCUUCUAGUUUUUUAAUGCAAAUGGUGUGACCCUAAGAGGUUACUUGUGGAAACUUUUAAACUGUACAUGGGCCCAUCAUCUACUUCUGAUUUUAUGUAAGGUUUAAGCUAUAUCUCUUUUGAGUAAA